CAUCUCCACCCCUAUCUCUACAUUUCCCAUAUUCUAGUUCCAGAGCUACGACAUGUACAUCUCAACCAUUGCACGCGUUGCGCUCGGAAUCUUCCCCGUCCUUUUGGCGACAAUUCAGCCAUCUGUUGCGCAGGCGCCAUCGCCCACACCUAACUGCUGGGUGUGCCCGGACGAAGAUUACGCUGGAUUUGUGUUGACAGAAUCGUUGGUUAUGGGGGACUCCUUGCGAUGCGUGUAUGGCGACCCAUGGUAUUGUGAUUAUAACAGGAACGAUGGCAGUCUCACGGUGGAUCAAGACGAAGGUCUCUGUUACUCGGCCGCUGUCCAUGACUGCGCUGCCCGUCGACGAAGGGCACUCCCUAGGGCCCCUCACCCACCUUCACCUGGGUCACAAGAGCCAAAGCCGGAGGUCAUGCACACCAGAGCACGCUUGGGUGGGAAGAAGCGACAGAAGUCCCGCAUUAUCAGCUACUACGAUUGAAGGCUCGAUUGUCACCCUGGCCGAGAUACCUAAUAUCCUCCUUCCCACAUUCAUUUACUCAGUCUCUCUCCUACUUUCUUGUAUCCCAUCCAAUCGCUCCCUCAUCUGCUUAGUCGCUACCCUUCUUGUAUAUAUUGCCCCCUAUUUCUACUUUCUAUCGAACACCCAAUAGAAUACUC